UACGUGGGAGAGUCCACUCUACAUCGCACCCGCACAGAUCUUCCGGUGCACCCUAACAUUAUCUCCGUCAACACAACCACCAUCCUUAAACGGUACUGUUUUAACGGUACACAGAAAGCGUCCAUUUCCUACUACCAUGAGCCGCGUUGCAGAGUAUCGCAAUACACAAAAUCGCGAGCUUGCGUUAUCGCGUUUAAAGGCCCACAAAAAAUACAAUAAGCUUUUUCCUAUCAUCGAGCUCAUCUCGCCAUUGCCAACCGUUUCUACUUCUUUCUCUGUUAGUGGAGAAUUUUCUCUGCUUUCUUUUGAUUUAUUCGCCAGUAGUCAGAGAGAGAGAGAGAGAGAGAGACUUUGUAUAUAAAUACAUACUGUAUAGAAAUGGCAGAAGCAACAGCAGCAGCGGCGGAAGAAGUUGUUCAGAAGAAAGCUGAAGCGGAGGAGGCGCCGCCAGCUGCGGAGGAGGCGCCACCAGCUGCGGCGGAGAUGGUGAAGUCCAACGACGUCGUGCAGCAUGAGCCUGCUGUCCCGCCGCCACCUCACGACGACUCCAAAGCUCUUGCAAUGAUCCCUGAGCCCUUAGCCAAGAAAAGCUCGAAGGGAUCCCUCGAUAGAGAUGUUGCUCUUGCAAAGCUCGAUGACGAGAAGAGGUUGUCGUAUAUCAAGGCGUGGGAAGAGAGUGAGAAAACCAAAGUCGAAAACAAGGCACAGAAGAAGCUCUCGGACGUUGCAUCAUGGGAGAACACGAAGAAGGCUGCUCUCGAGAGCGAGCUGAAGAGCAUUGAGGAAAAAAUGCAGAAGAAGAAGGGAGAGUACGCGGAGAAGAUCAAGAACAAGGUGGGGCUGGUGCACAAGCAAGCGGAGGAGAAGAGAGCCUUGGUUGAAGCCAAACGCGGAGAAGAUCUGCUCAAAACCGAGGAGACCGCUGCAAAACUCCGCGCAACGAAGCAAGCUCCACCCAAGGCUUGCGGAUGCCUCGGUGGCUAAAACUAAAAGCACAAGUGGAAUCGUCAUUGAUCAAAAGUUUGAACAUUGAAUCAUAGAAUUUUUGUCUUUGCCUAUGUAUAGUUUCUUCUGUCUGUGUGAUCUUUUUUACUACUAUUGUUAUGUCAUCUUUUGGAUUGUAACAAGAAAACAAUUGUCUUGAAUAAAUACCACUGCAAGUUUGCAACA